AUGAGACCAUUUAUCAAGAAAUUCGUUUUUAACUCAUCGUCAAGCUCUUCCUCUGAUGAUGAUGUUGAAGAUAUACUCCUUCUUGAAGCUGAAAGAUUGAGCUUGGAAAUGAGCAGAGGAUUGACAUCACGUGAUCGGCGUUUGUACAUCAACCGAGGAUCCAUACAAGGCCAUAAUAGACUUUUCAAUGAUUAUUUUGCUGAAAAUCCAGUGUAUCCUCAUGAUCGAUUUCGGAGAAGAUUUCGUAUGAGUAGAGAUUUAUUUUUACGUAUCCAGGAGGCAGUGGAAGCUCAUGAUCCUUAUUUUCGACAAAAAAGAAAUGCUGCUGGAAAGCUAGGGUUAUCUCCUCUACAAAAGAUAACGGCUUCAUUGAGGAAGCUUGCUUAUGGCGUCACCGCAGAUUUUAUGGACGAGUAUGUUAGGAUUGGAGAAUCCACAGCUAUAGCCAGUUUGAAGAAAUUUACAAGAGCAAUAAUUUCUAUUUUCGGUUCAGAAUAUUUGAGGUCCCCAAAUAGCAAUGAUAUUGCUAGAUUAUUGGAGAUCGGGGAAAAUCGAGGUUUUCCUUGA